CCCCUCCCUCCCUCCAUGUCCAUCGUCCGUUCCCCCCCUUCCCUGUCCUGUCCCCCUUCUCCAUCUGCGACCGAGGACCCCCAGUAUCAACCUUUUUUUGUUUUUCUGAGCAAACCCGGCUUGAGACGGCACCCACCGUGUGACCCGGCAAGCCACCCGUCACCUUACCUCUGAAGUCUUGCCCGUGGGCCGGGUGGAAGGGGUAAGGUGGUGGUCUGCGACCAGGUCAGCCAAGCUCACACCUCCCGUGUCCUCCGGUGCAAAUCCAAACUUAUAAAGUUGGACGGCCCUCCCCUCCCAUCCGUUACCUCUCCUUCUAUCUGUAUCCCAACGCUCUCAUCCUUCCUCGACUCUACUCGCCAAAACUCUCAGUGUCUUUCAAAAGCAGUUGAUCUGUUCUCCCACACGCCGAUUGCCAACUCUCGCAACCAAACCAAAUCCACACCAAAACACAACCAAAAAAACAACAUAUACAAAAUGUCUUCUCCCGUCGACAACUCCGUCUUCCUCUCCCUCGCCCCCACCACCUCGUCCUCCUACCCCUUCAGACAGCAGCAGCAGGCCGCCGCCACCACCACCACCACCGAGCCGGCGCCCCUCAAGCGCCGCACCUCGAGCAUGAGCAGCGACGGCAGCAACGGCCUUCGCUUCCUCAAGCUCGGUCCCGUUCACUACGGCGAGCACCCCGACGAGCACAAGUCUGACUGGCACCCUGCUCUCCUGGGCUAGGUCCGCUCAUUCAACGAUGAUGAUGAUUCUUCUUUUUUGAAUUGUUUUCCUUUCACAUCAUUAAAGCAAGCCAAAAUUCAUGAUUUUUCCAAAUCGCAUCAAGCCAAUCAAAGUCUGGAUACCAAAGGUGCAGGAAACCAACAAGGCAGUUUGUGCCCAAAAACAAGCGACUAGACGAGCUAAGGGGAGCUCUGGGAGGAUGAGCGAAUAGGCGCUGGAUCUUUUUUCCAUUUUUUUUUUUUUUUCUUUUUUACACAUCAUUGAGUACAACACCUGAAGAAAGUAGGGCAGAUUGUCUCUUGGGCCGGGAUGAACAACUUCACAACCCCCCAUUCGGUUAUAGAGUCUUGGGGAAACGGGACGGAACACGGGACCAAUUCACACAAAAGAAGAAGAAAAAAAUACUAAAUUGGAGUUUUUGACGGAAACAAAUCAUCGUGUGAAGAUUUGCUAUGCUUGCAUGUGCUGAGAAUCCUAUUGUGUGAGUCUGGUACGAUUGCCAAAAGCCACUGAACUGGACCGGACCGGUCUCUUCUCUUACAACAUACAAUCGGCAACAAGCGGGUGAAGAAGAAAAAAGUCGUCAUGCAGCCCAGAUUACAGAGAGUUGGAGGGGCAUGGUGGUGUGGUGGGCACAUCACCUCAAGUCUCUCUUCGGCUGUGCCGCAUUCUCGGGAAGCCUGCGAGUAGGUACAUCACACAUUGCCGGGCUACGCGGAUCAAGGGAAGGGAAGGAGGAAGGACUUUGAGGAGCGAGAGCGACAUGGGGUGGGAAGAGAGAGCCAGAGGCUUGGAGCUGUCAAAGUCGGGGGUACACCAACUCGCCGAGACCUUCCCUGCUCUCUGAAGGUUGCUUGGAAAUACAGUCAUUGUAACAUGACUAUCUUUACACGCACUUACAGGUUCCAGACGGAGAAGAGAAAGAAUGGGAGUGCACAACAGAGAAGGGGAGGGGAAGGGAGCAAAGACCAAGCUUCUGCGAUGUGGGCCGCUCUUCAUGCAAUGAUCUGAC